AUAAUUUCAACUGUCAAAAUUGUGAAGAUGGGAAAUCGUUUCGUUCGUUACGAAUCGAAUUAUCGAAAUUAUUAAACAAUUUUUACUGUAGUGCGUUAUAAAAUAAUCCCGUCAACAUUUCAUGCUCACGUGUGUGUGUCGUUUCAAAUAUUCUUUCAAAUCUGGAUGAAGAAACUAUGAUUGCUGCGUCUGAGCCUCUGGAGUUUGUGCCUCACGGCAGAACAGUGCUGACUAGGCACCCGGGUCAGAUCUACAGCAAACACAACACAUCAGCGUCGGAGAACUCCUUGCUGUACAAGCUCACCAACUUUGCCAUCAAGGAUGAGAGCCUGCUGGAGGCUCGGGAGACUGAGGAGCAGGAGUGGUGGUGCAUCCGUGAGGUGUACUACAAGACUUGUGAUGAUUUUGAAGACGAACCGCAACAACCAAAGGAUUCAAAGUACGAGUUCAACUCGGAAUCCUUUCGGGCACCAAGUCGUCUCAAAAAUGACUUCAAUAUCUCUAUCAAGUCGGAACUGAUGAGUGGUAUGAAGAAAAUGGAAGGAGAUGGCUUGAACUCCGCUGGUCCUUCCCGUGGUGGUAGUGCCAACAGUUCCAGUAACAUGUCUAAGAAAUUCAACUUGACUUCUGGUUCUGGUAGUAAGAAUUCCAAAACUGGGUUAAAUCCGAAGACUGAUAGCUCUUACGAAGAGGAGUUGUAUGUUAAAGGGUGUACUGCUGUUUGGUCAAAAGGCCUCAUCUCAAUGCCAGCUACAAAACUCACAGAUCCAGAACACAGAGAAACAAUAGCUUGCUACACCAUAGAAAAUCCCAUAAAACAUGCAGCUUUCUGCAACUUCCAUGUUGAUAUUAAGAACACAAUGCUCAUAGAUGCUUUGAACACUCAAAUUGGAGAUGUGAAGAAAAACAUAAAGAUUGAAGAUACCACAGAACAUAUACAAACUAAAACAAUGCCCGCCAUCUUGUUAAUAGAUAAUAAAUGUAUGAAAGUUUAUGCCAACGAAGGACGGGAAUACAUCACUAGUAUACCAUUUCAAGUGAAGAAAGUUUGGCCGAUGAAGUACGGAGUCUUAUUGGAAAAGGAGGCGACGCCUGUCACUCAGAACUCUGUCCUCCCAACAUCUUUUAUAAAAUUAAACGAAUCUCAGAAUAGUACUUUUUCUAAGUCAAAAUCAAACUUCCCGUUUAACAUGAGUUCGAAAUUGCGUCCUGAAUCUGUGUCAGCGUUCGAACAGGAUGUUGCGUUACCAACUUGCUUCUCAUUAACGCAUCCUUUAGACGAAGUAACGCCUAUACUGAUGAAGUCACCAUCACAAGGACUUCAGUACUACAACGAUGGAGAUUUACAAAUCAUCUUCGUUAGUUCAAAUCCGAGUAUUAUUUUACUGUAUGACUGGAAACUAGGCACACAUUCGCUUUGGAAGAUCAGAAAAACUGUAAGAGAUGAAUGUCUAUCAAUGUGUCCAAAUAUGAAUUCUACUACAACGGUGUUUAGUCAAUCUUGUGACCUAAUGGGCAGUCCAAUGCAGAGCCAGAGGAAUGUUACUAGUUGGGCUACUGGUUUGGGUAGUCCGUACCAGUCCAAGAAGUUUCCAAGUACUCCGACAAUGUCCAGAUCCAGAAUCAACAGUCCAAUGGCCAACGUGUUUCAUCAGCAAGGUUUAUCACCACAUGCGUCUAUAGGACAAGCGUCCUACACGUCAAUGAUGGCUAACAAUGGUCCGCAGAAUCCUCCAUCGUUACCGUUAUACCCUGAUAUCUGCUUGGAUCACAUUUGGACGGACACACAAGUAAUACGGAGAGAUCCUAUUGAGUCUGCAAGUGAUAUGAAGACGUUCUUACAUACAGAUUUGGUUGGGCAUGACUAUCUGUGUUUUAUUGUGAGAGUGGGAGGUGUUAGUAGAUUACAGAUUGUACGGUUGCAACGGUCUCACUCGUUGGGACAAACAUCUAAGACGAAUCUCAUGGUUGGAGCGGUUUCUACCGUGUUGGCUAAAGAUGCUGUGGUGCUGGAACAUCUGAAUAUGAUCGCACUGAUCGAUGAGGCCGGCAACAUUAUCUUGCAGUCUGGGAAUCAUGUUGUUGGGAAAGUCCACGUUGGCGGUGUCCUGGCCCGUCUAAUAGACUCUCCCUACACCAAGCGAGCCACCUUCCAGUCCCCCUUCCCCCGCCGCAGCAGUCUCCUGCCCAGCCGGUGCAACGAAACAUCCAACUUUGAUGACUCAGCGCUACAUCUACUGUCACCAGUCCCACAUACUUCUACUGCGAGACACGAGCAAAAAGAGAGUUUAGGACUAUGUGGCCUCUGCGACGCGGCUGGCUCCCGCAUGACACUGCAGUUCGAAGCCGGACCGAUGUACAGGAUAUCUUUGCCUCCACUGACUUGUUCCACUUUAGUCACUCGGUGUUACACUGCUCUAAGAGCUAUUCUGCCUAAAGAUAUUACUAUGCAGGUCAUAAUAAAAUGGUACGGCGUCCGCAACGCGCCGGGCACACAGGACCUCACUCCCGACCAAGAAUGGUCAAUGUUCUCGAACCUACUCCUCUCUCUAAUCGGAUAUGACGUGGAAAGACUGCAAACCAAACAGACUGAUGACGUUGACCAUGCAGAGGUCGCCACUAAGAAGCAGAGGACCUCAAGCGAUGGGUCCUCAGACGACUGGGAGUACCUACUAAACUCCAAGAUGCAUAAAGCCAUAGGCCAAUCCCUAUCCAUGCUAAAACUCCCAGUACCAAACUCAGAUAGCCAUAGGAAGAACAAGAGAUCAAGUACUGAACCGGAAAAAACUAUUCAAAUCAAUACAAAUUCUAUGCUGUUCCCAUAUGUACUACAAGUGCUAUACUCCCUACAUUUAGUUUACGAAGAGAUCAAACUAAAUACUCUACUCUGGAACAACUUAAGACCGUUGUCAGCGUUCUUAUACCAACUGUCAAAGGAUUUGAAAUUAGAUGCCUAUGUGAAUCACUAUUGGCUGGAUUUCCCAACGGAUUUGAAUUUGGAAUAUGACGAUGAGUCCCAGAUUUGUGAGGGUACUUGGAGUAAGUUGUGUGAGCCCGUCUACUUCAGCCGGGAUCCCCCAAAUGUGUAUUCGUAUUUGAAUUCUAUGCUGAAGGAUUUGGAUGUGGGAUCCUACCCGUAUUUGGCUGAGGUUAAUGAUAUGUCCCGGGAUAUUAUUGAGAUUCUAUCAACAGUGGGUUGCGGCCGUAGCGCCGGUAUACAGACCAUAUCCAGCAGGGACACCGUCACCGCCAGUAGCACGCCGCGAGCUCGCCGCGAUACCCACGACUACAGCUCGCCGUACUGCCAGGCCGUCAUCAUGGCCUGUGAUAAAGGUAUAACCCUCCGCGACGUGGACAACCUGCCGCCAGCGCUGGGCCUACUCCUGCUGACCAUAUUCAGCCGCUGCAAGAGCUCCCCGCCCGCCGACUGGCCGCCCGAGGCGUACUACUUGGUCAUGAGGGAAGACCUCGCCCACCAGGCAGAGGUCGCUCAUACUAUGAAGACUGCGUCUGAUUAUAUGGAAUUCAUAGCUCUAGAAGUAUUAGAGAAGGAGACAGUAUACACGUUGGCCAAGAAACCAGUAGAACCAGCGCGGAGUAACCCGGAGGAUGCUGACAUCAUCACCGGCAUGGAACAUCUGAACACGCAGCUACUUAGUCUGCUGUAUCCACGGGAUCAUAGAAUGACAGAAGUAAUAAACCUCCUCCAAUCCUCGAUCCCUGUGACUAUAAACCUGACGCAGCGGCCCGAGGUAUCGGAUCACGACUUCAUAGAGGAACAGGAGAAGUACCUGUUCGCAGUCAGCACCAGGACCAUGGCGCUACCUAUUGCCAGAGGCAUGGCGAGCCUGCGCUGCGUGCCGUGCCCGGCGACGGAGGCGGUGGAGUUGCCGCGCGUGUGCGUGUGGGGGCGCUGGCGGGGCCGCGGCGCGGGCGCCGAGGGCGCCGGCCCGCCCGCCUGGCCCGCCUUCCACAACGGGGCCGCCGCCGCACUCGCGCUCGUACCGCUCGGGUUCACCAUCGAUUCUGAAUGGGUCAUCUACAAUAAGCCAAGGGGUACAGCAGAGAUGUCGACGGAACACGCGGGCUUCCUGAUGGGGCUCGGCCUGAACGGGCACCUGCGGGACAUGCCGUUCAUGAACAUCUACGAGUACCUGGUCAAGUGCAACGAGAUGAUCAGCGUCGGACUCUUGCUGGGGCUCGCUGCUACUUACAGAGGCACGAUGGACGUCCAAGCGACGAAGAUGAUGAGCAUCCACCUGGAGCCGCUGCUGCCGCCGACGUCCAUCGAGCUGGACAUCCAGCAGAACAUCCUCGUGGCCGCGCUGCUGGGGGUCGGCCUCAUCUACCAGGGCACGGCGCAUACGCACUACGCACAAGUCUUGCUUAAUGAGAUCGGUCGUCCGCCGGGCCCCGAGGCGGAGGCGUGCGUGGAGCGCGAGGGGUACGCGCUGGCGGCGGGGCUGGCGCUGGGGCUCGUCGUGGCCGGCGCCGCCCCGCGACUCGGGCCUGAUACACAGCACAUCGCGCGCAGGCUGCGGACCUACAUGCUGGGCGGGGACAAACUGCCGCUCACUGGUACACAAAAAGAGAAAUACAAGCAAGGCUCAUUUGCCGUCCGGGAAGGUGCGACAGUGAACCUGGACGUGACGUCUCCCGGCGCGACUCUUGCCCUGGGUCUGCUAUACCUCCGUACUGGUUGCCCUGCCAGGGCCGCCUGGUUGCAACCACCUCGCACUGCGUACCAACUUGACUUCGUCCGACCUGAUCUGCUUAUGUUACGAGUUAUUGCUCGAGGCCUAGUACUAUGGGACAGUAUAGAACCCACAGAGGAGUGGGUGGAGAGCCAAGUCCCGGACACCAUCAAACCGUACUGCUUCGUCAAACCGACGGAGGAUAACAUCGACUAUGAGGCUAUGAACCAAGCGUACUGCAACAUAAUAGCAGGCGCGUGCUUCGCCCUGGGGCUCCGGUUCGCGGGCUCCGGCGACGAGGAGGCGCGGGACACGGCGCUGCACUACGCCAACCUGUUCAUUGCCGUCGGCGGCAAGACCAUCGCCGAGCUAGCUGGACGGUCUACCUUGGAGGCUUGUCUCUGUGUCUGCUUGUUGGCUGCCGGGAUGAUAAUGUGCGGCCGCGGCGACGUGUCGACGCUGCGCGUGUGUCGUCGCCUGCGCGCGCGCACGGCCGCGGCCCCCGCCCCGCCCGCACCACACGCACUCACGCACGGGGGACAGAUGGCGGUGCACUGUACGAUAGGGCUCCUGUUCCUGGGCGGCGGGCGGGCGACGCUGAGCACGUCCCCCACCGCAGUAGCGGCGCUACUCGCUGCCUUCUUCCCCAAGUUCCCCACGCACAGCGAGGAUAAUAGGUACCACUUGCAAGCCUUCAGACACCUGUACGUGUUGGCAGUGGAGGCCAGGCUCAUACUGCCGCGCGACAUCAGCACUGAGAAGCUCUGUUACGCACAUAUACAGGUAAUAGAUGUAAACGACGUGGUGAAGGAGAUGAAGGCGCCCUGCAUCAUCCCGGAGCUGAGCACCUUGAAGGAGGUGAAGAUCAACGACCCGCGGUACUGGCCCAUCACCUUCCAGAGGGACAGGAAUUGGGACCAACUCAAACUAUUCCUCGAGUACUCGUGGUGUAUAGACAUAAAGCAGCGCGCCGGCUGUCUCUCCUACAUAGACGACCCGCAAGGCUUCCUCACAAUAUUAGCACAGACGCUCACACUCGACAAGUCCAACAUUUGGUCCACGAACACGGAAAACAUAGAACUGUUCACGAAUGAUGACAAAAUUAGGAACUUUGUAAAGCAGUAUUUGGUGAAAGAUGUGGGUGAGAAUAUUUGCGGGGAUUGUUUGGUGGUCGGGCGUCGGAGGAGGAGUGUGAGGGAGCCGGUGCGGGGCGCCUGCACGUGCCGCGCCUACACGCGCCCCGAGCGGGACCACCUGCAGGGACUCGCCAUGCUCACCUACGACUGUGUCGUCAAGGAUAUACUCUGUGCACUGCCCAUUUGGACUACGUUCUUGAAGAUAAUAAAAACAAUGAAACCAGACCCAACAUCGUACCACAUUUGGCAGAUCAAGCUCCUACUCUCCCACAUAGACAACCACAACAGGAGGACGAUGAACGAAAUGAAAGUAGACGAUCAGGAUCCCACGAACGAGCCACUAAUCUCAAAUGAAUUCACUCUAGCUAUAAAGCAGAAAGUAUCCAGUAUCUUUGACAGCUGGGAGUCGAGGCUGGCUCCGUUUCUAAGGAAAUAUCUUGGGCUGCCCAGCAGUCGGAAGAUCAGCGGCUGUGACGAUGAUGUGAAGAAGAUCCUCAGCGGGUUUCUGGUGUACCACGACCUGCCCAAGGGUGCUAUGAAGGAUGCUGUUGGAGACGACGAGCUGUCGGUGCUCCUGCAAGUGUGCGGGGUGUCGAUGGAGGCCAUGUCGAAGCUGUGCGAGCUGCAGCGGUGAUGGCGCGCGCUGCACCGCGGGUACCGCACGCGCUCCAAGUGCCGCGGGGACUGCCGGGCCCACUGGGGCACGCACUGACUCAUGCCCACUGGACCAGGGGCCAGUCUGCUAUUACAAUAGGCUACUUUCCUACUAGUCAAAUUCAAUACUUUUUUCGAAACGUCAAAAACGAUAUUUUCUAUGAACUUUGUAUGAAAUAGUGCAUUAUGACGUCAUAAGUUUUUGACGUCAAAUAGCAGACUUAUUUCUAGAAA